AUGGCGGCGAUCUACUCUGGGAUUUACGUGAAGCUGAAAAGCAAAAACACGUCUUGGGAAGACAAACUCAAACUAGCCCAUUUUGCGUGGGUAUCUCACCAGUGCGUUCUUCCUAAUAAGGAGCAAGUGUUACUUGAUUGGGUAAGCCGUGCAUUGGUUUCAUACUACAAUAAUUUUGAACUGGAGGAUGAAGUUGUUGAGAAACUCUGGGCAUAUCUAGACAAUGUUAUUCACAGUAAAAGACUACAGAACCUCUUAAAGAGUGGGAAGACAAUCGGUCUCAGUUUUUCAAUUGCACAGGUCAUAAAUGAAAGGUUAUCAGAGGCCUGUUCUCAAAAAACACAGCAGAACAUUGGCACAGUGCUGAGUUGCUCCAGAGGCAUUCUUUCUACUCCUACACUCUCCAUCAUUUACACAGCAAAGUGUGAGCUCUUGGUUGAUCUCCUCAGCACACUGUCCAAACUGGCAUGUCAGCAGCUGGCUUCUGAUGACGCUGUGGGCUCCCAGUUGUUCAGUGUCCUUCAGCUGACCUUUGCUCAGUACCUCCUGAUUCAGAGGCAGCAAACCAACCCAAAUCGUGUGUUUGGUCAAGUGGCAAGUCACUUGCUCCAGCCAUGUCUGCUACUGAAGCACUUGCUGACUGUGAGGGGCUGGACACAAGCGGAUGACAACCGUGUGCGUCAGCACCUGAGCAGAGAAAUCCGAAACCAAGUAGAAACUUUGCUGCAGGCUGGGUUAUUCCAACCUGAGCUUUUCUCAUCAUACAGAGAGGAGCUGCUGCCAGAACAGCAACUCCAAGAGAAGAAGAAAGGAGUUUUGAAAAGUAGUUUGCUACCAGUCAACACAGUGCAGAUCAAGCUGGGCAGUGGCUUUUGUGAACCUGCCCUUCAUGGAGCUGUUGUGGCUGGUUCCGUGUCCCUGCUAUACAAGCUCUUUCUGAACUCAUACUGUAAGGCAGAAAACCACCUUGUGUGUUUCCAUAUGCUCAGCAGGCUUUUUGUCUGUCUCAGGCUCUCUGGCCUACAGCAGGGCUUGGAGGAGAACGCACUCUCCCCUGCAGACUGGAGUACAGAGCUGCUUGCUUUGGAACAGCUUCUGAACUUGGUUUUUAGCAGUGAUAUCUAUAAUGUUGCCAGUGAUCGUAUCCGGCACAAGGAGGUACAGUUCAGGUUUUACCGCAAGCUAGCACAGACGUUGAUGAAGCACUCCCAAGCUUCCAUCCCAGCUUGGUUCCGGUGUCUCAAACUCUUGAUGUCAUUAAACCACACUAUAGUGGAGCCAGACCUGGAUGACUUAAUGGCUUCAGCUUGGAUUGACGCCCAGAUCUCUGAUCAGCGUACAAAGAAGGCCCAGGAGGCUCUUAUCAAUACUGUGUUUCAGACUUACUCCAAGCUGCGACAGUUUCCUCGGCUCUUUGAGGUGGUGCUGACAGUCAUUUGCCAACCAGCUGCUGAUGAUCUGAGAGUGCCUCUCUUCUCUGCUGGCUUAACAGUAAAACUUCAUGAGUGCCUCCUUGAACUGCCACCCAACCAGAUUCUAGACGUUUUGUUUCUCUUUGUGGAGAAAUGCCAGACCUUUAUCAUUCCUGCUGUUGAAGGAUCAUCUGACAUGGCCUUGAAGCUGUUGUCAGUGAGCUCAGUGCUACAUGCCUUUCUGCUCAACAUGAGGAGUCUAGAUGAUGUCACUCCUCUUCCUGUGAUUAUUCGCGCUCAGAGUGUGCUGGCAAAGAUGCAGGAGGGAGUAAUUCAGCCACUGAUGGAGCUGCUGCAGGCUCCUCGAAGAGAAGAAAUAAAAUCAGGUCUUUGGCUAAGAAAGGCCAGUGACUCUCUUCUCCUCCUUGUUUACACUUGGGUUGAGGUAAACACUUUGUUUGGUUUUAGCUGCAGUAAAUAUGCGUCUCCAAUAGCUGAAAUUGCUUGUGCUGUUACCGGACCUGCUGCAAGGCACUGGGGCAUUUCAUCUUUCCUUCCUGGUGUGAAGGAGCAGUGUUGGCAAAGGGUCAUGGAACUUGCAAAUAGUUUUGCCUCCACUAGUAAAUAUUGCUUAGAACUGCUUGCGCUUCAAAAAAUGAAGAUGAUGUUAAUACAGACCAAAACUGAUCUGCAGGCCUUGCGGCAUUCUGCAGCUUUCAUCCUGGAGUCUGGGAGAUCCAGCAUGAACAGGGGAGAAUCAGGACCAUGGGAUGGAAAUAUCACUGUUAUAAGCGAUCUUACUUACCCUACAGCACACUGGCACCUUGUUGUUUCCAACCUGACUAUCCUGUUGCCAUAUAUUUCCCUGCAGGAUGUAGAGUACAUUGCUCAUGUGCUUGUAAAGACAUUAGUAUUGGCCAAAUCUCAGGAAGCUGACACAGAUCAGGAGUCCUCCAUCAGCACUGGAAAGAUAUCUCUUGGUUUGGUGCAUAGCUCCUUUCUCCCAGAACUGAAGGUCCUGCAUUGUGCGUUUCUGACCAGUCUUAUUCAUCAGUUUGCUACACUGUUGCCCACUGCUGCCAAGGAUUCAGUAGAUUGGCCACUUCAGCAGCUAUCUGCAGGUAAUAUCCCUUGGCAUGAAGAAAUCCUGGCUCCUUGCAAACCAGCUCACCCUUUGGAAACACCAUCAGAAAGCAAACUGCUGAAGUACGAGCUCAGCUUGUCUUGGAAAACACUGGAGAAAGUUGCUCAAUGUAUACUGUUGUUAGCAAAAAACGGAUACCCUGUCAUCUUGAAAGAAAAUCAGCUGGAAAGCUGCCUGAGUUUGCUAGAAAUUGCUUCUCUCCUGAAAUUAGACAGUCUUCUUCCCUGUGACUGUACUCGCUGUUUUCUGGUGCUGCUGUCCCUGCUAGCUAAUGCCAGGGCUAGUGUCUCUUGCAGCAAACUGUUGUUCCUGAAGUUUUUAAGUACUUGCUUUCACCUUCUGAGGUGCCUGCAAGCUGGCAGGAAUGUCAACUCUAUUUUUAAGGUGUUUCAUGCCAGUGAUAUUCUUGAGGCUGUCAUGACCUCCCAGCUUACAGCUAGCAAAUUCAUCACUGAUCUCCUAACUACUCCUGUUUGGGCACAGUACCUCCAGGAAUUCCAGGCAUUUUUGGAAAACUUUCUUCAGAUGAUUAUUGAAAGAAGACAAAGUGUGAGGCUCAAUUUGGAAAAGUUCAUGUCUUUCUUGGUGAGCUGCAAGCCAGAUACUGGUGCAUCCAAAAGCAAAGGUUGGAAAAACUGGAAUCCCGUGGCUGAACAGUUACUGCUCAUGGCAUUCACCACACUGUGUCAUGUUGUCACACUCUACCUUCAGCAGCUGCCAGAAAAGAGGUUGCAGUCUGCAGAGGUACUGUCUGCUCUGUCAGAGUCAGUGGUUCUGCAUAUGGUUAGAAUUGUUGAACAUGGCCUUCAGAAUUGCACUCAAAACCAGCCCUUGCCUGUAACAUUCAUACCACCUAUCACAACUCUUCUCAAGGCAGAUCUGCAGAAGGGCUGGCAGAAGGAGCCUAGUGGGCUUUUGGAGCAACCUCGUGUUAAACUGUACCAAAAGUUUUACUCUCAGAUACUGAGAGAGCUGCACUGUGCAGGAGGUAAUCUGCAGUUCCUUCAGUCUGCGUUGCAAUUCCUAACAGUCUUCUGCUCAGUGCCAGAGCUGUAUCCUGGGAAAGAAACUGCGGUCACGGUUGUUUUUGCCAUAAAAAGGCUUCUCACUGGUCCUGCAAUCACAACCCAGGUGAUCAAAAAUAUGGAGAUGGAGCUGACAGAGGUGCUUGUCCAGCUGCUGGGUACCUGCUCUGCUGAGGAGUUCUAUACCAUAAGAAGUCUGGUGCUGCAAGGACUUGAAAUAAGGAAUGUUUGGCAACAGAAGGCUAAAGAAGUAUUGUCAGCUGUUACACUAACCAAAUUCCUGCUCACCUGCCCAUUAAGUGAAGACAAAGAGAAAGCUUUCUGGAUUGCCAGUCCACAGAUACUCACAGCUUUAGCUAUGCAAACCAAAGAGGCCUGUCAAGACCACUCACAGAUUUCUACCAUAGUUGUACCUAUUCUAGACACUGUAGCAGCUCUGCUGCGGCAAGGAGAGGGGUUUCUCUUGAAUCCACACCAUGUGGCAUUGGCAUUCAGCAUUCUCCUAACAGUCCCUCUGGAUCAUCUGAAGACAGAAGAUUAUCAUGGUGUCUUUCUGGGAGUCCAUGAAGUGCUGUUCUCUAUUGUGCAGUGUCAUCCAAAGGUGCUGUUGAAAGCAGUACCAUCUUUUCUGAACAGUUUCCAUCGUCUGGUUGUUUCUGUCAUGCAUGAAGGGCGUCAGAAAGGAGACAGAGUCACCACAGAUGAGUUUGAAGUUAUACUGAAGUGUGCACACUUGGUGGAACGGAUGUAUACUCGUAUUGCUGCAAAAAUGGAGGACUUGACUGUGUUUUCUGCUUUCAUUGUGGCUCGGUAUGUGACUGAAUUGCAGAAGGUGACUUUGCACCCUGCUGUAAAGAAGCAUCUCACAGAAGGGAUAUAUCACAUCCUUGACCUUUGCAUUGAGCGGGACAUCAAGUUCUUAAAUGCAUCACUACCAGCAGGUGUGAGGGAGGUCUUUAAGGAUCUGUAUAGUGAUUACAACCACUACCACAAAGCAAAAAAACACGGGGAGGAAAAGUAUACUGCAUGAUGAACACUGCUUGGUGUUAUGAAUUGAUCUUGCAAAGCUCAGAAAAUUCUCAGUUGCUGUUUGGUUUGGGAUGAUUAAUAAGAUCAAAUCCAAGAGGGUCUCCUAAACACAGAUUGUGUUCGUCUGUACACAGCCAGCCUUUAUAAUGGGGAAGAGGGGAACAGGGAAGGAGGGUGUGCUGUUAGGUCUGGUCCUGCUGUAUGCCACAAAUGGCAGAACCACUGCACCUGAGCUGGUGCUGAGGUGCGACCUCACAGGGAACUCCUCAGAGUUCACUGCACUCUGGCAGCAGAUGCCAGGCUUCAGGCUUUGGCACAUCACAGUGCUUUUCUGUGAAAGCAGUAGUGUGGUGUAGAAACCAGCAGGAGUUAUAACUCCUCAGCUCUUGCUUAUAUGGAAAGCAGAAUUAAAGCAGUUAAGUGUGUUUAUUUUUGUACUCUAUCAGUCUACAUUUUGCAUUAUGAAUGUUACAUAAAUGCACUGUGUUUACUAUGCAAAAUUGUGGAAAUACAGUAAAAAAA